AUGGGGUAUAAAUUGGCGGCGAAAACAUAUUUUGUGCCACAAAAUACCCUCGAAAGGAAAGUUAAAGAAUCUCGUACAACCCUAGAAGAUUCUGCUGCUCCUACAACUUUGGUGAAAGUUCCUUUAGGCCCAAAAAAGCGAACAUUUUCUGGUGACGAAGUGAAAGAACUUUGCAAUUAUAAAAUGGAUAUGGAGAGUAAUCUUUAUGGACUUACAACAAAAGAUUUAACGGCUCUGGCAUAUACUCUUACAGUAAAAAAUGGGUAG